AUGAGAUAAUUGGUGUCCAGUCCCUUACAGACAAAACUUUAAUGGACAACCAGUUGUUACCUGAUACUACGUCUGGUAGAGUUUCCAAUGUUUUACGAGACAUUCUCAAUCAAGAAAGUUUAGUUCGGUUCUCGAUGGUACAGAAAAUUCAGAAUCUGGUUAUGGAUGUCAUUGAUAACAAAAACGGCACUCGAGACAUGAAGAAAAGGCUUAACGAUGUUAUAAAAGAACUACAGGAGUCAGAAGAAUGGCAACAAAGAUUAAGAAAAGAAAAUUUGAAAUUACACGAGGAAUUAAAGAUCUUGAAUGAGACACUUGGUGAAAAUCAAAAUCGCACGAUAAAAGAUAUUCGAACUUUAAAUGAAUCAGAAAUAAGUUUAUUAAAGCGCCAAACUUUCGAUCUGCAGAAGAAAAAUCGGGCAUUAACGAAAGAAAACAUGGAAAUGAAAUCCAGAAUUGAAAUCAAUCAUGAAAUAUUAACUUUUGUGAACAACAGCCAGACUGGAUUACAAGAAGAAAUUCAAGAAAUGAAGACAGCAGUUGCAAAUAAUUCACAAAAGCUUAGCAACAAAAACAACUUUUUUUCUGAAGAAUAUAAAUGGCUAGAAGAUCAACUAAAUCGAAAGGAUAAAACUCAGUACAAUAUGUUGGAGGUUAUGUUCAAAAGAAUUUCAGUCACAGUCAAUAAAAUACUGGACAAUAUUCGAGAGAAAGUAAAUCAAUCAAUGUCACAAUUAUCGGCUGAUUCAAGACUCUUCCCAAGGAAUUGCUAUGAUAGACUGAAAAAGAAUCCCAGGCUGAAAGGAAAAGAUGGCGUCUACGAUAUUGUCGUCGACUUUAAAAUCACCUCCGUUUACUGUGACAUGACUACAGACGGAGGCGGGUGGACGGUUUUACAGAAGAGAAUAGACAACUCAACUGAUUUCUAUCGAACUUGGAAAGAAUAUAAACAUGGUUUUGGGGAUCCAAAAGACAACUAUUGGAUUGGGAAUGAUGCAAUCCAUGCUUUGACCAAAGAUCAGGACCAGGAACUGCGAGUAGAUCUCCAGAGAUUUAAUGGGGACACAGCAUAUGCUGAAUAUUCCACGUUUUAUAUCGGAAACGAGGCUGAUAAAUACAUUCUCACUGUAUCCGGUUACAAUGGAACUGCAGGUAACAGUUUGUAUUUUAACAACGGUAAUAAAUUCAGUACCAAGGACCAGGACAACAUCAUUAACGGAAGACGUAACUGUGCUACAGGAGGCUGGUGGUACAGGAGCUCGUGUCUUUUUACAAACCUUAACGGGCUGAAUGCUAAGCUUGGUGUGUCUGGUAUAGAAUACCCGAUAUGGUAUGGCUGGGAAAAAAAUCAUGAAGCAUUAAAACAGACACAGAUGAUGAUCAGACUCAAAAGUUAAAUCAAUGUUAUGAUUCAUGAAUAAUAUUUUUGUUGUGAUAUUGUCAUUUUAUUACAAACAUACUUUUGUUUAUUUGUUAAUCUGAAUACGUUAG